AUGUACAUGGGCAGUGAUUCGUUCGUCCGUGGCGGCUUCGAGAAAGCUCGCACGGUCAUCAUCACAAAGAAGUCCAAGAAGAUGGGAGGAAAGUCGAACAAGUUUGAUUACACUAACCGCUCCAAUGAUGGAGUCAAGCUGGGUGCGUGCAUGGGACGCGACUUGAAGAAUGAGGCGAACAGGACGGAGAAGGACGCGGCCAAGCAGGCCAACAAGGCGAACAAGGCGCGCAAGACGAGCACCAGCAGCAACUCCAGCAGCCACGAGGGCAAUGUCAUUCAUCCGCUCGAUGUCAAGGCGCCGGGAAAGAAGCUGGGCGAUGAAGGCGUAUUCGCGAUGGCAGAUGGGCUCAUUGAGGCUUUGCGCAAGGCAAGCGCGAGCUCUGCAGUGCAACUCGAAGACCUCAACCUGUCCGGCAACAACCUGACCACCGUCUCCCUUGACCACCUGGUGGAGGCCAUCGAGCUUGCUUGUUACGACCUCAAGACUCUCGACCUCAGCAGUAACCGCAUCGAGGUGAAGACGGAUGAGCAGGCGGCGCAUUGGGAGAGGUUCCUGCGCUCUUUCCGAGAGUGCAGGCGACUGCGACGACUCGACCUCAGCGGCAAUCCUCUCGGCACGCGCGCCCUGGAGAUCCUCGCCCGUGUCCACAUUCAAGAACCGCAUAUUGAUCCCAUGCCACCGCGCGGCACCAUGUCAGUCCAGUCUCUGCCAUACAGCAUCGCCGAUACUAUCGACCCGCCCACCAAAAGCACUUACGUUAAUGACAAGAUGGUCAACGGCACUUUCUUGCGGCGGCGAUGCGGCCUUCGUGGUAUCCCGUAUAUCACUCUUACCGACAUUGGUCUCACUGACGCAGGCGCACUAUGGCUCUCCUAUGUCCUCGAAGACCAUCACUAUCCAUCGCAAAUGAUCGACGAGCUCAACGCCACGCCUCCAGACUCCAACAUCAAGACCUAUCAGCAGGAUGCAAACUUCAGCGGUGUCGACUGGAACGAGCGCGAACCCACUCUUGGAAAGGACGGUCUCUACCUCCUCAAGAAGUCUGAAAUGAUUCGACGCCAGACAUUCAUGGACAAUGCCACUGUUUCAACAGCUAACGACGAUUUCGAUGACUUCGAUGAUGAAGUGACACCAGCCACCCAGUCUCCAAUGAAGAAUGCAUUCGACCAUCGUCGCAGACGCGCGGGCGAUCGACGAGCCAGUGUCCGCUCCAUUCGUACUACUGAUGGUGGCGAGCAUGAGUUGUCGGAAUUGGAGAGCGCUCGAAAGAAAGUGCAGCGACAUAUCAUUGCGCAAGAUGGUGCUUCCAGCACAGAACUCUGGCGGGCAGGCCUUCGCGUUGCCAUUUCAUCAACCGUCCUCAAUGGCAUCGGACCAGGUCCACAAGCCGUGAGACGUUACUAUGUUGGCCCACCCAUCUUCCACUUCCCGAUUGAGGCAGAGACGCGCAAGCAGGCCUCGAGCCCAGUCACAACAACGACCGCCAAGGGUUCUCCGAACGGCUUUCCACGACAGGGCACCUACGCAGCCACGCUUACCGCUAACACCGGCGCCGUACCUGGAGAGCCCGAGCUCGCCAUUACUGAGGUCACGAACAGUCCUCAAACUCCGAAGAUGAUCUUCAAGCCACAUCGCAAGGGCGCCUCUAGUGAAGGCAGUGACCUGCACGCAGUAUCGCAGAAGCUCAACGGCCUUAUCGUCCGAGACGACAACCCAGCCCGAUUCGUGCGCUGGCAGGAGGAGCACGGCGCGAAUCAAUGCGGACCAGGAGGCUUCAGGGACAGUGCGGUAUUGAGCCACUUCCCAGCCAAGAUUAUAGAGAAGAUUGCAGCCUCGAGUGUAGCCAAGAAAGAUCAGACUUUGCUGUCAAGAAAGCAGAUCAGGAGUGCGUGCGCUUGGGGUCAGGAUCGUGGCAAUUUCCAGACGGCGGAGACGUGGAGAAAGAUGGCGGACAGCGCACAGGUCUGGACUCUGCUGGAGAGCAUUGGCUGUCUCGCAUACCAGAGGGAGGACUAA